AUGAAACUGUACUUUGGCAUCUCGGCUGCUAUCCUCUUGGCUGUGACCCAAGCUGCGGCGCUCUCGAAACCCGAUGAGAUGUUCAAACGUUCAAUGGCCCGGUGCGACCGUCGACGAUGGGUCGGUGGGGUCACGCGUUACGGAAAUAUGGCCUCUCACAACGGCAUUCUCAACAUCAUCGUCUCAAUUCAGGAGGAGGAGGAGGAGGAGGAGGGCCGCGAGGACGGCAGCGCGGGCUACUACGGGACAGUCAUGAUAGGAACACCACCGCAAGCAUUCAAAAUCGACUUUGACACGGGCUCCUCCCAAUUCAUUGUCUCCUCCAAAGACUGCACCCAAUGUUCCGGCACAACCUACUACGACUCUUCCGCCUCCCACACCUUCCGAGCCGACGGAAAACCCUGGACAAUCACCUACGGCGACCAAUCCUAUGCCUCCGGAUUUCUCGGCCAUGACCAAAUCCUUCUCGAUAACAUCCAUAUCAAGAACCAACAGCUUGCACUUGUUACAAGUGAGAGUGCAGGGUUUGAUGAUACGAUUGAUGGGAUUAUGGGGUUGGCGUUUGGGAAGUUGUCGAAGACUGUUGGCGGGACGAGGACAGUGUUUGAGAAUAUGAUGGAUCAAGGGUUGAUCGAGAGGGGGGUUUUUGCGUUCUAUUUGGGUAAAGCUAGUCGUGGGGGUGGAGGGGAGGUUAUAUUUGGGGGGAUGGACUUGAGUAGGGUGGAGGAAGGUGAGAAGGUGACUUGGACGGACGUGACGAAGCCAAAGUAUUGGCAGAUUGAUGUUGAGGGUGUGUUUGUAGAUGGGGAGGCUAUUGCGCUUGGUGGGAAGGGUGCGAAGAGGAAGGGGAAGAAGGGAGGGAGGAAGAUGGAGGCGAUUAUGGAUACAGGAACAACACUCGUGAUCGUCCCCGAGGCCCUCGCAAAGUCCAUCCACCACAAGAUCCCAGGUGCCCAAGACCUUGGCGCCUCCUGGACCCUCCCCUGCGAUCUCGCCGUCUCCCCCAUCUACUCCGCCUCCAAAGUCGAACUCCAAAUCUCCAACAAGCGAUUCGGAAUUCCGUUCGAAGACCUUGUCCGAGAAGAGACCGAUACUCCUGGAGUAUGUUAUUCAGGGAUUCAAUCGAGUACGGCCGAGUUUAUAAUUAUUGGGGAUGUAUUUAUUAAGAACAAUUAUGUGGUGUUUGAUCAGGAGAGGCGGAAGGUUGGGAUUGCGCCGCUGAAGAUUAAGCCCAGGCCGGAGCCAGAGUCGUUUGUUGAGGCUGGGGCGCAGAGUGCUGGAGGAGUUGAUGGCAAGGAAGGAUAA